CAUAAUUCAAAAAGAGGAUCAUAAACCCUAAAGUCCUCACUUCCUCUUCUCUCCCUCAAGCUUAGAAGCUGCGCAGGUUUUCCCCUUCUCUGGGAAUCGAACUGAACCAAACGGUGUCGUUAGAGAGGGUGUGAAUGGCAGGGGGAAAGGCGAAGAAGGAAAAGGGGAAGCCCCAGCAACAGCACAUGCCUUACCAGGGUGGAAUAUCGUUCCACAAGUCAAAGGGUCAACACAUUCUCAAAAACCCUUUGCUUGUGGAUUCCAUCGUGCAGAAGGCCGGCGUCAAAUCCACCGACGUCAUCCUCGAGAUCGGCCCCGGCACCGGAAACCUCACCAAGAAGCUUCUGGAAGCCGGCAAGAAGGUUAUUGCCGUCGAGAUUGACCCUCGGAUGGUUCUCGAACUCCAGAGACGGUUUCAGGGCACUCCUCACUCCAACCGCCUCACGGUUAUCCAAGGUGAUGUGCUGAAGACGGAACUUCCUUAUUUUGACAUAUGUGUUGCAAACAUUCCAUACCAAAUAUCUUCUCCUCUAACAUUCAAGUUACUCAACCACCAGCCUGCCUUUAGGGCUGCAAUCAUAAUGUUUCAGAGAGAAUUUGCCAUGCGAUUGGUUGCUCAGCCUGGUGAUAAACUCUAUUGUCGUCUUACGGUGAAUACUCAACUUCAUGCUCGAGUUUUCCACCUUCUCAAAGUUGGAAGAAACAACUUCAGGCCUCCACCUAAGGUUGAUUCCUCUGUAGUGCGAAUUGAGCCCAGGAAACCCCGAAUUGAAGUAAAACAGAAGGAGUGGGAUGGAUUUUUGCGAAUAUGUUUUAACAGGAAGAACAAAACACUUGGUUCUAUAUUUAGGCAAAAAAGUGUGAUCUCAUUGCUUGAAAAAAACUACAGGACUGUGCGGGCGUUGGAACUUGGGAAAGAAGAUUCAGCGAAGGAAGUGGAUACUAAAAUGGACUUCUCUAGUUUUGGUGAUGAUCAAGGUAUGGAGAUGGAUGAUGAUGGAGAUGAUGAUGAAAUGGAAGUUGAAGAUGGGGAAGCAGAUGGAGUGCAAUCUGAAUUCAAGGACAAGGUUUUAGGAGUUUUGAAAGAGGGAGAUUUUGAAGAGAAGAGGUCGUCCAAGCUUACAUUGCAGGAAUUCCUAUACCUGCUUUCACUGUUUAACAAAGCGGGCAUACACUUCUCCUGAUUUUAGAUUAUCAAUUUUUUUCUUUUUCAAUUAGUCUUAUUGUUAUUCAACAGUUUUUCAAGAGAGUGGUGUCAGAUAAACGGAAUUUAACUAUUUAUGCAUUGUAUUGUUGCUGAGCUCCUUUAUAGAUGUAUACUAUAUAAUCUAUAUCAGUGAUUAAGAGUUUGUUUGCUUGCA